AAAUAAGGGUGUUUCUGUUUGUAUUGUUCACCUGACAAAAGACCCUUGUGUCUUGCACAGUAUGUUGCAUGGCCUUUUCCAGACUUUACAUUUCGGGGAGCAGGAGAGGUCUCGGCAUGAUUCAGAGAGGUGGAGUUUGGGGCACAGAAGGCAACCAGCAGGUGGUGGAAUAGGCUAAGUGUGAGCACAGAAUCCCAUCUCAGCCUUGGUUUGACCUGCUGACCCACGUGUGCACACAGGCGUCCACAAAACAAUUGGCCUCACAGGACGGAGCUGUACGAGGACCCCCCUCUGGGAUGCUGGCCCAUUGUGUAUUCCCCAGACUACAACAUCACCUUCAUGGGACUGGAGAAGCUGCACCCCUUUGAUGCAGGGAAAUGGGGGAAAAUCAUCAAUUUCUUGAAAGAAGAAAAACUAAUUGCAGAUGACUUGAUUGUGCAGGCACGGGAGGCGACUGAUGAAGAUCUCUUGGUUGUUCACACCAGGCGCUACCUUAAUAAAUUAAAGUGGUCAUUUGUUGUGGCUACAAUCACAGAAAUUCCACCAGUUGCCUUUCUUCCCAAUUUCAUUGUUCAGAGAAAAGUUCUGAAACCUCUACGAACCCAGACAGGAGGAACAAUAAUGGCAGGAAAGCUUGCUGUGGAUAGAGGCUGGGCCAUCAACGUGGGGGGUGGUUUCCAUCACUGCUCCAGUGACAAAGGGGGAGGAUUUUGUGCAUUUGCUGACAUCACACUGGCCAUCAAGUUCUUAUUUGAGAGAGUACAAGGAGUGUCUAGAGCCACAAUUAUUGAUCUGGAUGCCCAUCAGGGAAAUGGCCAUGAGAGAGACUUUAUGGAUGAUCCUCGGGUUUAUAUUAUGGAUGCAUACAAUAGAUAUAUUUACCCAGGGGAUGGUUUUGCUAAACGUGCCAUAAAACGCAAGGUGGAACUGGAGUGGGGCACAGAGGACACCGAGUACCUGCAGAAGGUGCAGACCCACGUGGAGGGAGCCCUGAAUGAAUUCCAGCCUGACAUCAUUGUUUACAAUGCUGGCACUGACAUUCUGGAUGGGGAUCCCCUGGGAGGCCUGGCCAUUUCCCCCCAGGGCAUUGUGAAGAGGGACGAGGUGGUGUUCAGGGCUGCCAGGAGCCGCGGGGUGCCCGUGCUGAUGGUGACAUCCGGGGGGUACCAGAAGAGGACGGCGCGCAUCAUCGCCGACUCCAUCCUCAACCUGCACAGCCUGGGGCUCCUGGGCAGGCAGCAGCCAGCCUGUGCUCUUGGGAGUCCCAGCCUGGAUCAGAUGGUCAGAGACUCUGCCAAGGACUUCAGCAACUUGUCACUGCAGUGACAGGUCACUGAAUGUUGGUCACAUAACCCAGAGGCAAUACAGAGUAACUCUGUCUAACUGCCGAAUUUAUCUUCAGCUAAGGCAACACAUCCUUUCAAACUAAUUGAGAUAUGCACUCAAGGGUACUGUCUUUGUGUCUAAUAUUGCUGUAGAAAGCUUAAUUUGCUUCUCUGAUUAAAGAGUGUGGGGUGGAGGGGGGUGGGUCUGUUAUGUUAGAAGAUCUAUGCAGUUGGUAUCCAAAGACUGUCCCAGACCUGUUUCAGAUGGUGCAGCAUGGUCUGAGGGGGGAGGAAUAUGGACUAAAGCUAUUGUUUUGUGGGGUUUUUUAAAUACUGCAUUUUAUUUAUUGCUUUUUAAAUUGAAAUAUUGUUAGAAAACGAGUUCUGUGCAGACUUCAGCUGUCAGUGUAACACUAAAGGGAAGUGCAAUACUGUAAAAGCCAGGGCAGUUUAUUUAUGGCUUUGAAGCCAUAGACAGUUAGAAGGAAUGUUUGUAAAUUUACUUUAUUCCUUUUGUUGAUAGUGACUUAAAUCUUGCUCAUCAACACCUUGUGAAAUAGAAUAUGAAACACCUUUGGCUCCAUAUGCAAAUGAGCCAUAAGGGCUCACCAUUUCCAGCCUGGUGUUCCAGAUGAGCUCUGCAUGUGACAGGCAGUAGUUCCCAUGCACUGUAACUCACAGACAGAGGAACUGCAGUCCAGUGAAAGCUGAUCUUACAGUUCUCAGCAACCCUGCGAAAAAACUAUGUAGAAAUAUAGGCUGUCUUACUUAUUGCCAUGUAUAAAACACUGAGAAGUAGAUUUAAAUUAUUUUUCCCCAACUAGUGCUGUGCUUUUCACUUGCUCAGAGAUCAAUGGUACUUCUAGUUGCAGUCAUAGUUGGUAAGCAAAUCCUUCAUUUUUCUUGUUCAUUAAGGAAUGCAGUGACAUUCCUACAUUGACAUAAUGUGCUAACUUUAUAUGGAGCUUUUAGGAGGAUUUGGGAACAAAGUAAUGUAUUCAAAGCAAAUUCAGUUGCACUACCUGGGAAGUUUGGCAUUAGGUACUGUUUGUACCAGUGGGUUGUAAAUGUACUACUAAACUGUAUAUUUUGCAAGAGCUUUUAUAACUUUUACUGAUUUGUACAACAGGUUUUAUGUUGUGUUUAGGUUGGAGCCAUCCUGUGAGGGAGCAGCACGGUUUUCCUUGUAGAGUUGUUGUGUAAGCUAUUUAAGGAAUGUUUAAUUCUAAUACUUACCUCAUUUAGUGUUCAUGUUUAGAUCAUGGAGUUUGUCCAUUGUAGGAAUUGCACAGCUGCUAUAAAUACCUGCUUUAAACCAGAUCUGACCUAUUGCACUAAGCUUAAGUUGCUACACUGGGAUUAAAGAGCACUUUCAAAAUUCUUACUAGAAGGACCAUCAGAGUAUGACUAAUGUUGAGAUUUAUUUUUUUCUAUACUGUCUGACAUUACUGAAAGGUGUUGUUAUUCUUUCAUAUAAUUUUUAUAAAAUUCUAGAUUACAUUUCUAUGAACUAAACCCCCAUCAUAACACCAUAUGGUCUUUCCCCAAACAUUUGCUGUCUGUGUUAACAUGUUUCUAUAAUUUCCCCUCAGUGGAGAUUAAAAUUAUGUUGAACAAUG